AUGUCCGGCCCCGCGUUGAACAAGAUCGCUGCCAACAGCCCCUCGCGGGCUAGCCCCUCCGAGCUCGAGCAGAGCAUUGCCCAGGCUCUGUACGACCUCGAGAGCAACACCGCCGACCUCAAGGUCGCCCUUCGCCCUCUGCAGAUCGUCUCUGCCCGCGAGAUCGAGGUUGGCCACGGCAAGAAGGCUAUUGCCAUCUUUGUCCCCGUCCCUUCCCUGCAGGGCUUCCACCGCGUCCAGCAGCGCCUCACCCGUGAGCUCGAGAAGAAGUUCUCCGACCGUCACGUCCUGAUCCUGGCCUCCCGCCGCAUCCUGCCCCGCCCCAAGCGCUCCGCCCGCUCCCGCAACACCCAGAAGCAGAAGCGCCCCCGCUCCCGCACCCUCACCGCCGUCCACGACGCCAUCCUUACCGACCUCGUCUACCCCGUCGAGAUCGUCGGCAAGCGCGUCCGCACCAAGGAGGACGGCUCCAAGCUCCUCAAGGUCAUCCUCGACGAGAAGGAACGCGGCGGCGUCGACUACCGCCUCGACACCUACUCCGAGGUCUACCGCAAGCUCACCGGCCGCGUCGUCACCUUCGAGUUCCCCCAGUCCGGCGCCACCGAGUACUAG